UCGCUCGCGCGUGCGCAGCAGAAGCCAGUCGCGGGGUUUCACACCCGCGUCUUCACGAGGUGAAAACAAGAUGGAGGACUCGGCCUCCGCGCAGCUGUCUUCUUCAGGCUCGACUGCAGCCUCCGCCUCGACUCCAGGGGCCCCGACAGCACGGAAGCAGCUGGACAAAGAGCAGGUUAGAAAGGCAGUGGAUGCGCUCUUGACACAUUGCAAGUCCAGGAAAAACAAUUACGGGUUGCUUUUGAAUGAGAGUGAAAAUUUAUUUUUAAUGGUGGUAUUAUGGAAAAUUCCAAGUAAAGAACUGAGGGUCAGAUUGACCUUGCCUCAUAGCAUUCGAUCAGAUUCAGAAGAUAUCUGUUUAUUUACAAAGGACGAACCCAAUUCAACUCCUGAAAAGACAGAACAGUUUUAUAGAAAGCUUUUAAACAAGCAUGGAAUUAAAACCAUUUCUCAGAUUAUCUCCCUUCAAACUCUAAAGAAGGAAUAUAAAUCCUAUGAAGCCAAGCUCCGCCUUCUGAGCAGUUUUGACUUCUUCCUUACUGAUGCCAGAAUUAGGCGGCUCUUACCCUCACUCAUUGGGAGACAUUUCUAUCAAAGAAAGAAAGUUCCAGUAUCUGUAAACCUUCUGUCCAAGAAUUUAUCAAGAGAGAUCAAUGACUGUGUAGGUGGAACGGUCUUAAACAUUUCUAAAAGCGGUUCUUGCAGUGCUAUACGUAUCGGUCACAUUGGAAUGCAAAUUGAGCACAUCAUUGAAAACAUUGUUGCUGUCACCAAAGGACUUUCAGAAAAAUUGCCAGAGAAGUGGGAGAGCGUGAAACUCCUGUUUGUGAAAACUGAUAAAUCGGCUGCGCUUCCCAUCUUUUCCUCGUUUGUCAGCAAUUGGGAUGAAGCCACCAAAAGAUCUAUGCUUAAUAAGCGGAAAAAAGAGGCAAGGAGAAAACGAAGAGAGAGAAAUUUUGAAAAACAAAAGGAGAGGAAAAAGAAGAGGCAGGCUAGGAAGUCUGCAUCAGUUCUUAGUAAAGAUGAUGUGGCACCUGAAAGUGGUGAUACUACAGUGAAGAAACCUGAAUCGAAGAAGGAACAGACCCCAGAGCAUGGGAAGAAAAAACGUGGCAGAGGAAAAGCCCAAGUUAAAGCAACAGAUGAAUCCGAAGAUGAAAUUCCACAGCUGGUACCAGUAGGAAAGACGACUCCAGCUAAUGAAAAUGUAGAGAUUCAAAAACAUGCCACAGGAAAGAAGUCUCCAGCAAAGAGUCCUAAUCCCAGUACACCUCGUGGGAAGAAAAGAAAGGCCUUGCCAGCAUCUGAGACCCCAAAAGCUGCAGAGACCCCAGGGAAAGGCCCAGGGAAGAAGCGAAAGAUCAAAGAAGAGGCAGUGAAGGAAAAAAAUCCUUCACUGGGGAAAAAAGAUGCGAGACAGACUCCAAAAAAGCCAGGGGCCAGGUUCUUCACCACUCUUAGUAAAUCUGUGAGAAAAGCUUCCCACACCCCCAAAAAAUGGCCCAAAAAACCCAAAGUACCCCAGUCGGCCUAAAGUCAGUGAUUCAGCCGGAAGGAAACUUCAGUGCUGCCUCCAGAGCUUCUUAGAAAUACUCAGCUCUUGACCCCCUUUAUAAGUAACCUUCUGCAAACGUCAGGCCUGGACUUCGAUUUUUUAAAACCUCCAUAAGUAGUCCAGGCGCAGUGCCUCAUGCCUGUAAUCCCAGCACUUCAGGAGGUCGAGGCGGGUGGAUCAUAAGGUCAAGAGAUUGAAACCAUCCUGGCCAACAUGGUGAAACUCCAUCUCUACUAAAAAUACAAAAAUUAAUUGGGCAUGGUGGCGAGCGCCUGUAACCCCAGCUACUAGGGAGGCUGAGGCAGGAGAAUUGCCUGAUCCUGGGAGGCAGAGAUUGCAGUGAGCCGAGAUUGAGCCACUGCACUCCAGCCUGAUGACAGAACGAGACUCCAUCUCAAAAAUAAAUAAAAAUAAUAAAACCUCCAUAAAUAAUUUUGACACAUGUUCCUGGGUAUAAUAAUAUAUUUUUAAAUUGUCCUUCUGUGUAUUUGCUAAUACAAUAGAGGAAAAAUAGAGUGCUUCUCUGUGGUGGUUCAGCACUUUGGGAAGCCAAGGUGGGAGGAUUGCUUGAGCCCAGGAGUUUAGGACUAUCCUGGGCAACUUGGUGAAACCCCAUCUCUACAAAAGAAAAAAAAAUAGUGUGGCAUGGUGGUGUGCACCUGUGCUCUCAGGCUGAGGUGGAAGGAUCAAGUGAGCACAAGAGGUCGAGGCUACAGUGAGCCACCAUCACCCCACUGUGCUCCAGCCUGGGUGACUGUGAGAUUCCGUCUCAGAAAAAAGUAUAACGUUGCUUUGCUUCUGAGUAGACACACUGUUGGCUUUCCAAAUCACGUGGGUCUGACUGGAGGUCUGGGAUGUGACCCAUCACAUACAUUUGUGGUCAUCCCCAAAGUGGCCCAGUGAGGGCCUCACUGUAUGAGAAUACAGCUACAGAAUUCAGGAGAAGCAUGAGUUUCUUGGCUCUCAUGCUGAGUUUGUUGGUCUAAGCUUAAGAGUCACUGGAUUAGCAUCCAUAUGGGAAGGGAAAUUAACAUGGAGUCAUUUAUACAGGCACUGAAUUGAAUCCUACCUACUGGAGGCAAGAACGUGAUUUAUCUUCCAUAAGCCUUCCCCUCUUCCUCGUUAUUCCUCAGUCCAUAUGGACUUGCUUAUAUAUGACAACUCCAAGGAAACUUGGGAGAGUAGACUACUGAAGUUUCCACAAUUGUCAAGUAUAUUCUGAGGCGGUAAACUUUUUAGGUACUCGGCCUUUCACUGGUUGUGAAUUGGUAUGCAUCUGUAGUAGUAAGCUACAGAUUCACUGCAGUGCAGGAAUGUGCUUGCAUGCAAAAGAGUGUAACUGCUUUCAGAGAUGAUGUGGGUGCCAGGUGCAGUGGCUCACAUCUGUAACCCUGUUGGAGUGAUCAGACCCAACACCAGGUCGUGAGGGUGACGAAGUCUGGCGGAGUCAAAGGAUUGAGAAAAAAUCUGAGAGAGAGAAAAGUGGGACCGGGGACCAUCGCCAUUGUGGAGGCUGCGAAGGCCCUGAGCACUGGGAGCCCAUGCUGUUAUUGGUAAUCCAACAAAGAAACAGGUGGUGAGAAUGUGGAGGUGGAAAGGGCGCGUUGCAUUAAGCACAUGAUUUACAGCUGUGAUGGUUUAGCAUUUGUUCUGCUACUUGAGAUAAUGGAGAGCAGGUUGUUUUAACUGAAGAUACAAUUGAUCCUGGGAGAACAAGGAGCCAGCAAGUCUAGACACGUUCCAGAGCGACAAGCCCUGGAUUCUAUCCAAGCCACGAGGGAUUUUAUGCCCUGGGCUUAGAUUAUGGCGCAUCAGGGUAGCCUUUCACCCUUUAGCACAGAGCUUGGUGUUCCAAAGGCCACAAGGGGUUUUAGACCCUGGACCCCGGACAUGUUCCAAGACUCUUACAUUGUGUCAGACAUGCAAGCCCUGCCUCAGCUUCUCCCAACACUCAGCUUUUCCCAACAUAAUCCCAGCACUUGGAAGGCUGGGUGGAUUGCUUGAGCCUAGGAGUUUGAGACCAUCCUGGGCAACAUGGCAAAACCACAUCUCUACCAAAAAUAAGCUGGGUGUAUUUGGCACAUGCCUAUGGUCCCAGCUACUUGGGAGGCUGAGGUGGGAGGACUGCUUGAAUCUGGGAGGUAGAGGCUGCAGUGGGCCAUGAUCACGAUCUUGUACUCCAGCCUGGGCAACAGAGACAAUCCCUGGCCUGCCGCCCCCUCCCCUGGCCCAGUCUCAAAAAAAAAAAAAAAUUCUGGGCAUGGUGGCUCACAUCUGUAAUCCCAACCAUGGCUGGCAGAUCACUUGAGGCCAGGAGAUCUGAGAUCAGCCUGGCUAACAUGGUGAAACCCCAUCUCUACUAAAAAUACAAAAACUAGCCAGGCGUCGUGGGAGGCCUGGGAUCCCAGCUACUUGGGAGGCUGAAGCAGGAGAAUCACUUUAACCCAGGAGGUGGAGGUUGCAGUGAGCCGAGAUCACACCACUGCAUUCCAGCCUGGGUGGCAGAGCAAAACUGAGUAAAAAGAAAACAGAUCUGUAGCUCUCCCUCAAGUUAGAGGAGUCUAGCCUGCUUUUAGUUUUUUGGAGGGGGUGGGGGGGGCGGGUGCGGGCAGUGGGGGAGAUGGUCUUACUGUUUCCCAGGCUGGAGUGCACUAGUGCCAUCACAGUUCCAGCCUCAAUCUCCUGGGCUCAAGGCCAUCCUCCCACCUCAGCCUCCCAAGUAGCUCAGACUACAGGGGCAUGCCAUCACACCUGGCCAAUUUUUACGUAUGUUGUAGAGAUGGGUUUUCCCUGUAUUCCCGAGGCUGGCCUUGAACUCCUGUCCUCAAGUCCUCCUGCCUCAGCCUCCCGAAAUGUUCAGAUUACAGGCGUGAGGCGCCAUGCCCAACCUGCUUUUGCAUUUUAGUAACACGAAUUGUAAUGUUAACUUUUUAAAUUAUGAAACCCUCUAAAAUAUAAAAUUAUUUGUAACCCCACUGUCCUUUCAGGCUUCUAUAAAUGAAUAUACAUUUAAAAUGUGGGAGUUUAGCUUAAUUGAUUUGUUUUCCAUAGAAACUAGGUUCUAUGGUUAGAUAGACUUGUUUCACUUAAAGAUCUGAUUUGUGUAGGACAAAUCCACAUACAUAAUCAUGCCAGUCUGUUCUCUGCAUGACAUAAUUUUCCAGCAAUAGCUGUGUGGGUUUUGUAAUCGUAUCCUCUAGCCAGUUCAAGAUUUUGCAACACUAUGUGAUUCUUUGCCCCGUAGUUCAGUCUUGUUGAAUAUGACACAGGUGUUUACCUUCCUGUUCUUGCAUCUAGUUUCAUUCUAAUAAUAUUCUCUGUUGAAAAAGCCGGCUUCAAUUUAUUGAGCAAGAUGCUGGUAUUAUCAUCUAACAUAAAGCUUAUCUUAUAAUAAAGUGUUGACAAAUGUAAUGAAUACUGUACUAAAAGUAAAAAACAAUGGUUGUGUGUGUAUGGUUUCUACUGAUUAUGUAUCACUCUUAUACCAUCAUAAAGUUGAAAAAUCAUAAAGUUGAA